UCCACCACACCUUCCAAACUCGCACGCUCCUUCCCCCCUACCCGGCCAAUCAAUCUCCUCCCUCCCUCUCCGGCCACGCGCACCACGAGUACGCCAUGAGCGCCGCCCAUCAGCCAGAACCCACGGCUCCCGCCGCCGCCGCCUCCUGCGGCGGCGGCGGCGACAGCACGAUCAAGAACGCGCGGCACCGGACGAGCACCCUGAAGCAGUGCUACCACCUCGCCAUCUCCAACGCGCUGUACCUCCUCCUCGCCCCAGCCGUCGCCUACGCCUCCCACCGCUUCUCCCACCACACCGCAUCCGACGUCACCUCCGCCGCCGCGUUCGCGUCCAACCCGCCGUUCGCCGUCUCCCUCCUGGUGCUCUCCGCGGUGCUCGCCACGGCGUACCUGAUGCGCCGCCCGCGCGCCGUCUACCUGCUCGACUUCGCGUGCUACAAGCCCGGCGCCGGCCACGUGGUGACGCGGGAGACGUUCAUGCGGCAGUCGGAGGCGGCGGGGGUGUUCACCCCCGACAACCUGGCGUUCCAGCGGAAGAUCCUGGAGCGGUCGGGGCUCGGGCAGGGGACCUUCUUCCCCGCCGCCGUCCUCAACUCGCCGCCCAACCCGUGCAUGGCGGAGGCGCGCGCCGAGGCCGAGGCCGUCAUGUUCGGCGCCAUCGACCAGGUGCUGGCAAAGACCGGCGUCCGCGCUAGGGAUAUCGGGGUGGUGGUGGUGAACUGCAGCCUGUUCAACCCGACGCCGUCGCUCUCCGCCAUGAUCGUCAACCACUACAAGCUCCGUGGGAACGUCGCCAGCUAUAACCUUGGCGGCAUGGGGUGUAGCGCCGGCCUCAUCUCCAUCGACCUCGCCAAGCAGCUGCUCCAGGUGCACCGGAACACGUACGCGCUGGUGGUGAGCAUGGAGAACAUCACGCUGAACUGGUACUGGGGCAACAACCGUUCCAUGCUCAUGUCCAACUGCCUCUUCCGGAUGGGCGGCGCCGCCGUCCUCCUCACCAACCGGGGCUCCGACCGCCACCGGUCCAAGUACCACCUCCUCCACACCGUCCGCACCCACCACGGCGCCGACGACCGCGCGUACCGGUGCGUGUUCCAGGAGGAGGACGAGACGGGGCGCGUCGGCGUGGCGCUCUCCAAGGACCUCAUGGCCGUCGCCGGCGAGGCGCUCAAGACCAACAUCACGACGCUGGGGCCCCUGGCGCUGCCCAUGUCGGAGCAGAUCCUGUUCCUGGCCUCCCUCGUGGCGCGCAAGGUGUUCGGCGUCCGUGGCCUCCGGCCGUACAUCCCGGACUUCAAGAUGGCGUUCGAGCACUUCUGCAUCCACGCCGGCGGGAGGGCGGUGCUCGACACCAUCGAGAAGAACCUCGAGCUCAGCCCCUGGCACAUGGAGCCGUCGAGGAUGACGCUCUACCGGUGGGGGAACACGUCGAGCAGCUCGCUCUGGUACGAGCUCGCAUACACGGAGGCGCAGGGCCGGGUCCGGCGAGGUCACCGCGCGUGGCAGAUCGCGUUCGGGUCCGGGUUCAAGUGUAAUAGCGCUGUGUGGCGGGCGCUGAGGACGAUUGAUCCGAAGAAGGAGAGCGCCGUCGGGAACCCAUGGGUGGAGGAGAUCCAUAGGUUCCCCGUCGAGGUGCCCAAGGUGGAGAGCGUCAUCGUGUCCUGAGGAUGAAGACGACUCUGGUUCUCUGGUCGGAGGACGACGAACUACAAGAUUGCUGCUACUACUACGACUGCAGUAGUUCUCUCUUUUUUUUCCAGUUCUUCUUCGUUCUGAAAAUUCUUUGUUAAAUAUAUAAGUAUUAUGUCGACAAAAGUGUCUGCUGAUGGAGUGUGAUGAUACAGGGAAGCUCUGUAAUUGUAAAAAUACCUUACAUACAACAAGUGUGAUGAUUGGAUGAGAUGUACUGUAGUCUGUAGCUCACAUGUGAUUUUUUUUGACAGAACCUGACAUGUGAUUUUGAGCUU